GCAUGGAGACCGCCAUCGAUGGGACUCCAUCACUGAUCGGUGACGUCACUCAGGCUUCGUCCUUUAAUAUUUUCGGCCCCUUUCCGUCUUCCUGUAUCUCCCUCUAUCCCAUUUUUCACACCCAGCACCGUUUCAUCACGAGUCUGAUGUUGCUCAAGAUGUCUGCCUCUUAAAAGGAAGUUUUUUCUUGCCUAAUGUUUCUUGAUGAUGGAUUAAUGUUGGGUCUGUGUAGAUAAUCUACAGAGUAAGGUCUGUUACCUGCUCUUUUGUAAAGUGUCUCGAGAUAACAUUUGCUAUGAAUUGAUGCUAUACCUAUAUAUGUGUCCUUUGCCUUUUUUUUUCUAAACUCACCUGCAUGUAAAUAUUAAUUAACAUGAUCACACACCUCUACUUCCACGCACAGAUAUCCAUCGCUCUAUAGUCCAUUUGACAUGUCAAUCAUCGACCAAUACAGCCUCAGUAUCAGGAAGCAAAGUGACACACAACCCUAAAGAUGUGUGUGUGUGUGUUUCUGUUUGUGUGUGACGCCUCGGCUUCUGUUAGACGGAGAGCAGAACAGGAAGCAGCGAGGUGGGGCGCUCUGGUUUGUGCAGUUCUCUCUUCCUCCCCUCCGCCUCGUUUCACUCACUCCACUUUUUAGACUGGCUUUCGAUUCCUGGCGGGAAGGACAUCCUGGAUUUUAAACGGCAGGCAGGAAUAGCUCUUGGUGUUUGAUUGCCGCUGCUGUGGGUGUGUGGGUGUGUGGGUGUGUGGGUGUGUGUGUGUGUGUGUGUGUGUGUGUGUGUGUGACGGGGGUGAGAGGGCGCCGGGGCUGAAGCCAGAGAGACGCCAACAUGGCCAGUGAAGACACACAGGAGAACCUACCAGGGGAUCAUGUGGUUGAUUCCCCCGUGCUCACUGAGCAGAGUGACUCUGAGUGUUUGAGCGAUCCAGGCGGGCUGUCGGUUCUCCAGCAGCUCGGUCUGGACCAAAACUCAGACUUCUCGGACUCCAGCGUGCAGCAGCGUCUGGACGAGCACCGCGAGAGGAUCCGCAGGGAGAUCCGCAAAGAGUUAAAGAUCAAGGAGGGGGCGGAGAACCUGCGCAGGGCCACCACGGACAAGAGGAACGCCCAGCAGGUGGACUCGCAGAUCCGCAGCUCAAAGCGAAAGCUGGAGUCUCUCCACGAUCAGCUGCAGGAGCUGGACGCUUACAUCGUGGUCAAAGGCCCCGAUGACAACAAAGACACCCCUAAAUCUCCAGGAUCGAUGAAUCGGACUUCAGCGAACCAGCACCGCAUCGCAGCUUUGGAGCGGCAGCUGAACAUCGAGCUGAAGGUGAAACAAGGAGCUGAGAACAUGAUUCCCAUCUAUGCCAACGGAGGCACCAAGGACAAGAAGCUCUUUCAGACGGCUCAGCAGAUGCUGCAGGACAGCAAGACGAAGAUCGACAUCAUCCGCAUGCAGAUCCGAAAGGCCAUGCAGGCCACGGAGCAGUCCGAGGACAACCAAAGUAAGCCAGACAUGUGUGGGGUGGAGCUACGUGUGGAGGAGCUCUGGCAUCACUACCGGGUGGAGCACGCCAUGGCCGAGGGAGCCAAGAACAUCCUGCGACUGCUGGGCGCGGGAAAAGUCCAAGACAAGAAAGCCAUCGCCGAGGCUCAGUGCGGUCUGAGCGAGUCGUCCCAGCGUCUGGACCUGCUCAGAUGUUCUCUGGAGCAGAGGCUGGUGGAGCUUCCCGAGGAUCACCCCAAAGCCUGCCUCAUCAAGGAGGAGCUGGUGCUGGCCUCCUCCUCGGCCUUUAGCUCCCGUUACAGCAACCCCUAUGUCCACAAUCAGUACAGCACGCUGAGCAAACCAUCCCCACUCACAGGUACUCUUCAGGUGCGUCUCCUGGGCUGUUUGGGGCUCCUGGAGGUCGUACCCGGGCGCAGCAGAGGGACCCCGGUGGUUCUUCCUUCUUUUACUGCUGGUGACGGACGUUCGUCCUUCAAACUGAGCGGCCUCUACAGCCGGAGCACCAGCAGCAUGAGCCUGAAGAUCCCCGGCAAGAACGAGGAGCUCUCCACGGAGGUGAGCUCAGUGCUGAAGCUGGAGAACACCGUUGUGGGUCAAACACUUUGGAAAACAGUUGGAGAGCAGGCCUGGGAGCAGACCUUCACUGUGGAGCUGGAGAGAUCCAGAGAGAUGGAGAUCGCGGUGUACUGGAGAGAUUACCGCUCCCUGUGUGCUCUGAAAUAUCUGAAGCUGGAAGAGUUUCUGGACAACCAGAGACAUCGAGUCAAGCUGGAGCUGGAGCCGCAGGGGCUGCUGCUGGCCGAGGUGACUUUCUUCAACCCUGUAAUCGAGAGAGGACGGCGACUGCAGAGGCAGAAGAAGGUCUUCUCCAAACAGCACGGUAAAGCCUUCCUGCGAGCUCGUCAGAUGAACGUCGACAUCGCUACCUGGGUCCGCCUCCUCAGGAAUGCAAUCCCCAGCGGAGGCAACGCACCUGCCUACACACCGAGUUUCUCAGGCAACACAAACACACACAUUGCAGGAGAGAUCUCUGUGGAGAAGCUGAACCUAGACAGCGAGUCUCCUCCCAAAGCUGAGAACAGGAGGGAGGUGGUGGACACACCUGCUCCUUUGGAACAGACACCAAUCAUUGAACCCCUGUCGACACCGGAUGUCCCUCUUCGCGAGCAGCCAACCAGAUCGCUCUCCCAGAACUCUUUACGCAGAUCCAGUGGGAGUCUUCUCUGCCUGCAGGACUUUAAGAUGAUAGCCGUGCUCGGGAGGGGACAUUUUGGAAAGGUGUUACUGUCAGAGUACAAACGGACAGGCAGCCUGUACGCCAUCAAAGCCCUGAAGAAGGGAGACAUCGUUGCGAGAGAUGAAGUGGAAAGUCUGAUGUGUGAGAAGCGGAUCUUUGAGACCGUCAACGGCUCCCACCACCCCUUCCUGGUCAACCUGUUUGCAUGUUUCCAGACGCCAGAACAUGUGUGUUUUGUCAUGGAGUACACGGCGGGAGGAGACCUCAUGAUGCACAUACACGCCGACGUCUUUGCAGAGCCGCGUGCUGUGUUCUACUCGGCCUGUGUCGUUCUGGGUCUGCAGUUCCUUCAUGAACAUAAGAUCGUGUAUCGGGAUCUUAAACUGGACAACCUGCUGCUGGACACGGAGGGUUUUGUGAAGAUCGCAGACUUUGGUCUCUGUAAAGAAGGUAUGGGCUUUGGGGACAGGACCAGCACUUUCUGUGGGACCCCUGAAUUUUUGGCCCCUGAGGUGCUGACAGACACGUCGUACACCCGAGCCGUCGACUGGUGGGGGCUCGGGGUGCUCGUCUAUGAGAUGCUGGUCGGUGAGUCCCCGUUCCCCGGUGAUGAUGAGGAGGAGGUGUUCGACAGUAUCGUGAACGAUGAAGUGCGCUACCCUCGCUUCCUCUCCACUGAGGCCAUCGGCAUCAUGAGGCGGUUGUUGAGAAGGAAUCCAGAGAGACGGCUCGGCUCCGGAGAAAAGGAUGCUGAAGAGGUCAAGAAGCAGCCGUUCUUCAGGGGAACGGACUGGGAAGCUCUGCUCCAGAGGAAGGUCCUGCCCCCGUUUGUCCCGACCAUCGGAUCAAAAGUAGACAUCAGCAACUUCGACGUCGAGUUCACCGCCGAGCCUCCCGCCCUCACGCCACCUCGAGAGCGCCGCGUCCUCACCCGCAAGGAACAGGACCACUUUAAGGAUUUUGAUUACAUCUCUGACCUCUGCUAGAGUCACAGGGUUAUCAAGCUGCCGGCCGCGGACUCUGAAAAAGAGACGGAGGAGGAGUGACGGCUGACUCUCUGUACUGUACUGGAGAGGGGGAGGGGAUGACUCCACCUCUCUGAAUGUGUUUGUGUGUUUGCGGUGGGAUGACGGGACAGACGGCACCGAGCGAGUGUGAACGGGGGAUCAGCGGAGCCUGAUGCUGUGAUGCAAACAUGUGCGGUGUCACAGAUCUGCCAGAGGUCGGCAGAUCUGUGACACGGCGAGGCUUUUAGAGGAAGUGGGAGUCAUAACGAUAAUCCAGAUUAUGAGAGAGACGGACGGACGCUGCUGUGUUUUCUACCUGGCAACACAGAGAGAAAAACAAAAAAUCAGAAAUGGCACUCAGCCCCCUCAGAGAGAGAGAGCCGACGUGUCCUGGAGUGAAAAGUGAUUACAGGAUCAGUGUGUCUCUGUUGUCUCGUGUCUCUGCUGUCAGUGUGUCGCUGUGUUCGCUGUCCCUGCCUCAAGUCAUAAAUGUAUCCACAUCAGCCGCAAUCAUGCACCAAUCGAACAUGAACACAAGGGGGAGCCAGAGGGGGAAGAAAACUCUGCUUACUGUGAGACGAUAGAGAGGAGUCUGGAGUUGUUUUUUGUGUGUCUGUUCAUCCUCUUCGUCUUUUUCUUUUUCUGUCUCGGUACAAAAAAAAAAAAACAGAUUUUAACUACAAUCAGUUUUCAAUGAUGAAAAAGCUUUUUUCUGUGAUUUAUAGUUUUGUUUCCAUUUGUGUUUCCUCCUGUUGUCAUUUGCUGGUGAAAUGUGUUGGAACUGUGACUCAGUAAAGAUGUGAACCCAA